CCUGUGAUGACAAUUACAGGCCUAUUUCAUCUUUUUAAGUUGGAGAACUUGCACAAUUGGUGGCUGACUAAAUACUUUUUUGCCCCACUGUAGUGUUUUUUGUUGUAGGAAACCACAUACACUCUUACACGCUCACACCCCUGUGGAUUAUGUGCACAAAUAAAGAGAAGAGACGAUAAAAGCGCCAAUCAUCUUCGCAGUCCUUUCUUUGACCUUACUCUGAACCACCUUAAGAGGUGCUCUGUCUCGUACUCCCAGUGUGAACCUGGUGAGCAAACCCUGAGCCCGCACCUACCCAUCAGAGCGAUCCCUCCACUUGAAGCGGUCUUUAUCUUCUACUUGAGCUUGUUGCAGAAACUGCAACGCAGGAGGAGUCUGAAGAGCCUCAGAGAUGAUGGCACUCUACCUGCUCGUUGUCAGUAAAAUAUGUCAGGUGGCAGCUGUUUACGACAUGAUUCAGGACAGUGGAGUCAUAACAGCCAGAGUUGGGGAGACCGUAACUUUACAAUGUUCUAGUCAAGACAGUACAUUAACAUUUAUUUACUGGUUUCAGCAAAUCCUGAUGGGCAAACCUCAGCUAAUAUCAGUCACGAUGACGCGUCAAACAGAAGCUACCAUUUCUGCCGAAUACCAAGACAGGUUUAAAGUCUUUGUGCAAAACAAAAAAGGCAUCAAUGAUCUCAUAAUCUUAGAUGUUAAACUGUUUGAUUCAGCAAUGUAUUACUGUGGGACAGUGCCCUUUAAUGUUAUAGAGUUUGGACAGGGGGUUUUCCUUCAUGUAACUCCGUCUCAGUCCAUCCCACCCUCCAUCCAUCAACCGGCAUUGAUGCCACUUCAACUGGGGCAGAAUGGAAACUUGAGCUGCACAGUGAACUCUGAACCCUGUGCAGGAGGGCAAAUGUUUUACUGGUUAAAGCAAGGUGGCUCUCAGCCUGCAGUGGUGUAUCCCAGUGAAGGAUGGUGCAGCAAUGAGGGAAGAAAUUGCACUUCACACUUCCUGGUGAAGUCUGCAGGGUCCUCUGAUCCUGGGACCUACUACUGUGCCGUGGACACCUGCGGGAAGAUUGUUUUUGGAAACGGAACCAAGGUGGAAAUUGAAGAAUCUCGCAAUAUCAACUGUUUACUGGUGUAUUCACUGAGCGUCGUAUUGGCGGUAUCCGUUGUUGUGCUCCUCGUCUUGGUUUCUAUGAUGUGCAAGCUGAAAAAUAAGACGUGCUCUGACUGCAAAGGAACUGUUUCUCAGCAAACAUGCUCUGCAGGCUCCAAGGAUCAUAGCCAAGUCUUCAUCCACAGGCUUCGUUAUGCUGCCUUAACUGUGGGAAUGAACACUGGAUGUCAUCCAGAGGAAACUGUCUGUGUGUACUUUCAAAUGAAGAUCAGAAAAGAUUGACAAACCACUUUGCAGUCAAAGAGGAAUGUAAUAAAUUCUCAUCAUAUGUUCUGCAUAUGCAAUGGAACAUUUUGAGGAUGGCAAAUAAACAUAUUACUUGUUUGAACAGGUGAAACAUCA